AAUAAGACAAUUACAGGAAGUCACGUCGUCGAACAAUAUUGUUUCAAGGGCAAUUUUUCGAACUGGUUACAUGAGCUACACGUGUAAUUACUAGUUACAGUUUAAUUUCUUAAGGAUAAAAUUAUCACAAUUAGAUAUGGACGGAUUUGGUUCCGAUUUUUCAUCAGGUGCUGGAUCCGGUAAAAUGGACACCGGGACAAUCAUGGAGCAAGUAAAGGUCCAGAUUGCGGUGGCUAAUGCGCAAGAACUCUUGCAGAGAAUGACAGACAAAUGUUUCAAGAAAUGCAUAGGCAAACCAGGAGGCACGUUGGACAACUCUGAACAGAAAUGCAUCGCUAUGUGCAUGGAUCGAUAUAUGGAUGCAUGGAAUACCGUGUCCCGUGCCUACAACUCCAGACUACAGAGGGAAAGAGCUCGUAUAUGAACAUCAUCCUACUCUGCCAGCCAUACCUUUGCAAAGCCAAAACGUAUGGCAGGGAAGGUGUUAGUGGCUGAGGCUGCAAGAGCAUGUGUAGCACAAUGACACACAAACUUCUGUGAGAACUCCUAACGGACAUGUUUGGAGAUCCUGUGAACGGCAACAAUAAUGAUGGUGGACAUUUUCCUUUCACUAAAAGGAUAUUUUAACAAAUGGAUAUCUUCUAUUGUUUUUCAUUAUUAUUAAAAGACACAUGAAUGAAUGUUAACAAGAAAAUAUUCUGUGCAAUUAUAAUGUGUCAUUUUCAAGUCUACUCUGUAACCGUCCCCUAAAAGUUCAGUGCCAGUUACCUAUUCUUCAGUUGGUUACUGGCUGUGAGUGUGGGUGAAACACCAGUUCCCUGAGGGGAUUAGGCAAGGCUUCUUUUACCACCUUCCUAAACCUAGUUUCUUCCCUGUGGAAGAAUUGAGGAACAAUUUUUUUUGUUUUCAUAAUUGUGAACCAGGCACUCGGACCAGCUAAACAAUCCUAUAUCAGAAUACGUGUCGAGAACAAAACAGUAUUGUCAGACUUGCGUUCCAGUUGUCAAUAUCUGCCCUAGUGGAUCUGUUUAACAGGGUCUGCUGUGGUGCAGACUUUGUAUUGAACCUGGCUGGCUUGGUUUGCUAGAUUUCUGGGAACAACACUCCUUCAUUCAUCCCUUUGACUUGUGUAGGGAAGUAAAAAGAAAUGGCCUGUGAGUGCUUAAAGGUGGGUGCUCCUGCUCAGAGGUGUGUUUGUGACUGACUGGAAUGGCCUUUUUCACUUGUGAGACGUAAAUAAAUAAAUUCAGAUCAAG